AUGUCGCGCGAACACUGCUACUGCCGGGGCACAGUGUGUGCCCUGGAAUCACGCUCGCAUCGGACGCGCUUCUUUGGAGCGCAGGACAACCUUAGGACGCACCUGAAGAAGCGCACGCUGGACCUUCCCGUCGGUUUCGCGCCAUGCGCUCCGACGGCGUUGCGGGCCAGUCCUAUGGCGCUGUCGCGCUUCUCGGUCACGGGACCCGCCGGGAAAGGACAGCAUUCGUCCGUGGUCAUCGCGCGCGACGACGUCAGCGGCACCACAGUGGCCCUCAAGGUGGUCAACACGGACUCGCUCGACCACCUCGAGCUCGUCCAACUGCGCCGCGAAGCCCUGAUCCAGGGGGCGCUGUCCCAUCCGAGCGUCCUCGCGCUGUACGGCGCCCUCAAGGAGGACAACUACUACGUCAUGGUCCUGGAGCGGGCGCACUCGGACGCGCAAAGCUUCAUCAAGCCCCCUGCCGCGGCAGUCGCCUCCCCGGCGGAGACCUCUCGCAUCAUGACGACCGUCGCCGUCCCGCUCGCGGAGGCCCUCGCGUACCUCCGGUCGCUCGGCGUCCUCCACCGCGACAUCAAGCCGGAGAACCUCGUGUUUGACGGCGACGGGCGACUCAAGCUGUGCGAUUUUGGGUUUGCCAUGGCUCCGGUCGGCGAGCAGCGGCCCGUGACGAGGCUGGGGACGGUCGAGUUCAUCGCGCCGGAGGUGGCGGGGUCCGGCGCGCACUGCACCGGCAACACGCUGCCGCGCGAGCUCCGGGAGGGCUACGACGCUGCGUGCGACGUGUGGUCGUACGGCGUCACGCUGUUCGAGUUGCUGCACGGCCGCACGCCGUUCGGGGGCUGCGGGAGCAACGGCGCGGUCCUCGAUAUGAUACGCACGUCCGGCGAAACGAUCGCGGAGCGCGCCAUCUCCCCGGCCCUCCCCGAGGGCGUGCGCGGCCUCCUGCAGGCAUGCUUGCGCCAAGCCCCGGCGGAGCGCCCGUCGGCGGCGGAGCUCCCCGCGCUAGCCGCGGCUGCAGCCGCGCGAAAUAUCCCGCGGGCCUCCUGGAGAACGCACUCCGCGGUGGUGGUAGAUAAGCCGCCGCGAGUGCGCGGGAAGACGCCCACGCGCCCGCUGCGGUUCGAGAUCGACAACUCCGUGUUUCAGGUGGUGGACGCUCCGUCCAAGACGUCGCGGGUGAGGGCGCAGUCGGCGAUGCACGUCUCGGUGGAACCUCAACCCUCGAUGCCGGUCGCGCCAGUGUCGCCGGCGCACGGCCCCCCCGCCGGCAAGAAGAGGACCCGCGGCGGGUUCCUCGCAGCGCUAUCCGCGUGCUUCGGGCGGCGGGCUUCGGUCGCCAGCGAGGGCGAAGACGCGCGCAGCUGGGGCGGCCGCCCCAUCCUGGGAGUUGAAACGCUCAACAGCAUGUGCGGAGACACGAUCUCCGUCUCCGCAGCCACCCUGCAGAACCAGAUCUCCCGGCGGGGCGUGCGCUCGCAGGUCGUGAGCAAUCACGGCCAGCACGCGCGGCGCGCCACGGCGCAGUCGAGCACGGGCAUUGCGACGGCUGCAGAGCUGCGGGAGGGUGGCUCGGCCCGAGGCAACCGCGCGAACGUCACCAGACACCGCCUCGCGCGCGCUCAUGUCACGUCCAGCGGGGCGUACGCGGCUUCCAGAGUCUCCAGGCGCCAGGUGCACCCGCAAAGAGGGGCGGCACGCACGAUGGGGGGCACCGCGGUCGAACCGAGCCAGGUCGUGACCGAAGAUAUCAGCGAAGCUCUGCACCACCGGCGCAAGCCCGCGCCGACCGGCGGCGUUUCCUUUGAGUGGAAGGGAAGCGGCGCGCUCAUGUCGUGA